AUGAAUCCAGUCAACAUGCAACCAACAAACUUCCACCAGACGAGCUCUGUCGCGACUAAACCGGGCCCACGCCUUAUAGCUAGUGGUUGCACCCUCUCAUAUCUCCCUGAGGACUAUGUCAACAUUCCCAAGAUUGCUCUGGACGUUUCAUCGCCUGGUUCCGUAAACGAAGCCUUUGCUGCGGCUGCAAAGCGUUUUGGCAGCGGUGACGACAAAAGCAGCACCUUCCAUCAUGAUGUCGUUGUCAAUUGUGCUGGCUACUCGCUCUCUCUGAGGGGAUACAGAAGCGGGCAUGGAGAAAGAGAGCCAUGCGGAGAUUGA